UUCGCAAGCAUAUAUUCCUUCCCUUAUUGUCGUUUGAAAUAGCAAAUAAGUACUUCAAAAAUAAAUAAACAUACAGCAUAGGCGCUACUCUGGCAUAAAUGUGAGACCCUUUUUUUCAAACGUCGAAUAAAAAACAGCUGUAUAAGGUGAUAAAUAAAUGAUAAGCCUAAUUUACAUAAUUCAUGUGAUCACUCAAAGCACUCUCAUCCCUUUCACACUCUCAUCCCAAAAAUUUCAAACUUUAAAUUUGCAUUCAGACAUCUAUAUCUAUCUAUCAGCUGUUGAGAGACGGAGAAAGAGGAUAUGGGCGCUUCUUCUUCAGUCCCAGAAAAAUCUAUACAUGAAUUUACUGUCAAGGACAGCAAAGCUAAUGAUGUUAACCUGAGUAUCUAUAAAGGGAAAGUCUUGCUUGUUGUUAAUGUCGCUUCCAAAUGUGGGUUCACAAAUUCAAAUUAUACCCAGUUGACUGAUCUUUACUCGAAAUACAAGGAUAAAGGUUUCGAGAUAUUGGCCUUCCCAUGCAACCAGUUCUUGUAUCAAGAGCCAGGUACAAGCCAAGAUGCAGAACAAUUUGCUUGCUCAAGAUUCAAAGCUGAGUAUCCCAUUUUCCAGAAGGUGAAAGUGAAUGGGCCAAAUGCAGCACCUGUUUAUAAGUUCCUUAAAGCAAGCAAAGGCGGUUGGUUCGGCUCCCAAAUAAAAUGGAACUUCACCAAGUUUUUAGUCGACAAAGAUGGGAAUGUAAUUAGACGUUAUGCAACGUCUACCUCACCAUUGGCAAUCGAGGGUGAUAUAAAGAAAGCAUUGGGAGAAAGUUGAAAGACUUGAUCUCAGUUGAAGUGUUAAUGUAGCUACCAUAAACUCCAACAUGUGUAUUUAUCAACUUUCAAUCUAUGUUGUAUUUGAUCUAUUUUGGACCAUUUUCUUGUGUUUCUUAAUUUUGAUUUGUUCACUUCUUUGGUUUGUACUGUAACAUCUUCAUCCCUAUUAUUCUGACAAUUGACAAACAGAAACUAUCAUUAUUUUUAUAUAUAUACCAAAAAAAAGUUGCAUAAA